CUUCCCUUUGGUACAGUACCAACAUCCUUCCACUAUCAGUUGCUGUCAGAUCGCAUAUUUCCCCGUUCUAUAACGGGGCACGAAAUAACUUGAGUUUCUUGACCAGAACAUAUUUGAUUUCUGACCCAAGUGGUUGUAAUCAUCCUCAACGAGUCAUAAGUCUUCGUUCACCGGCGUUGGGCAGACAUGCACACCUUGCGCACGCCUCUCUGCAACAAUCUGGCCGAGCACACCUACCUUACCCAACUAAACAUUAGUCCUGAUCUAAUCGGGCUACUUGCCUAACAAGGUACAAGGUAGUGCGGGGCAGAAAUCAGCACCUCAGGGAGCAGCCAACUACCUCACAUUCAUUCGUAGUUGUAGCGCUGCCUCGAACACUUCACCUCCAUUUCUCUAACCAAAUCUGACCACUUCGGUCUCUGCCUAAAGGCUACAAUACUUCAUCACACACCUUGUUCUUAUUUACGGGGCAACUCCAUAUCGCUCAAGGCAGCCGUAUUGAUUUGCAUCUGAUGUCAACUACACUUGCCUGUCUGCAUUCCGACCCGAGAUAGCCCGGCAAAUCUGUUACGACUGCGAUUACUGCGCCACUGCUCGACUUCUUCGGUCAACUGGACGCCGUAAAAGCUAUCAGAGCUAAAGCGUAUACUCCUCGAACGGGCGGUGCUCAACUUUGCGGUGAAAGUCAAGCCUGGUUCGCCAGCGAGAAAAAAAGAACACACACUUGCUUGCCAACAGUCAGGAGUCGGGCGGGCAGCAUCAAAUCUGACGCCGCCUGCGGCUAAUGUCUGAGCCCUCGCGAGGAUCGGCAUCCGUCCCAACUCUACGAUUUCCCAGGCCCCAAGGCAACCAACGCCUUGCCAACUGGAUAUCUUCUAGUUCUCCAGACAUUAUGGCGCAGGCCUUCUUCGUAGACGAGGACGGCGCGGUCGACUCGUAUGAGCUUAUCAACACCGACGGCGAGACAGAAUCUCAAGAUGGCUUGACGACCGGCUCAACAGCCAGCUCGUUGGAUCUUCUUGCUCGCCCGAGCGACGACGACAGCCUUUCAGUUGUCGACCAUAUCUACGAGUGCGAGACUCACGACGCUAAUAUCCACACUGAUGAACAUCAGGACUAUACAGAGGAGGUAGAGCAAGCUACUACACAUGAAGAUGAUGGGUAUCAAUCGGAAGUUGAUUUGGUCACCCCGGCACACACGUGUGAGGUCGACAAAGACAUUGAUGUUCUUCUCACCAAGCCCUCAAAGGUUAUUGAGCCUCAAAAGGUGGUCAAGUUUCAGACUGAUGGCAAAUAUACCAUCGUGGAUCAUAUUCGACGCUCAGCCCAAAACCCAGACUUUCUCCACAAGGCUUGGAUCGUUUUGGCUGUCCUCGCCUCUUUGAUCGCUGUUACUACUUUCAAUACGAUGGGGACCGCGCUCAUCCGGUCUCCUAUCAAGGCAUGCGAGCAGCCCAUUCCAGGUCAAAUCCAACAUGCUUUGAUUACAACAGUCUCAGUCAAGCCCCCGACGACCGUCACUACUACUGUGACGACCACCUCCACAGUACUGCCCCCAGCCUUUUCGGACAUUGCCAAGAAGUUGACUGGCUCUGCGGAGGGAGUGGCCAAAUCAGUCGAGGAGACCUAUUUGCCGGCACUUUUUGCAUAUGCCACCAAAGUUCGUGGUGAAGUGGCAGACUGGAGAAAAACUCAUGGGCUGACGGGUGAGGCGCUCAUCAAAGCUCGGAACGAACUCAAGGAUAGGUUUACUCCUUACAUCCGAGUUGCUGAGGACAGCGCCAACGACCUCAAACUCAAUUUCCUGAAAGCCCAAAUCAAGUCUAGGCUUGUUUGGCUUCAGAUACGUGGAGAAGUUGCCGAGUACCAACGGUAUCAGACGCAGGCUCGAGAUUACCUCAAAGCCAAACGUCAUCAAAUGCUGACGUUGCGGGCUUUGCGGGACCGGAAGUCCACGUCCACUUCCCGAUGGGGAAGGAGCCACCUGCGUCACAUCUUUCAUUAGCCAUGAAUACAUACCAUACAGGACAAGACAUUCACGGCGUUAUCAGAGUCAGGGCUGGGAUGAGGGUGGCUAGGCGUUGGGGAAUCUUUUUUUUUUUCUUUUUUUUUGUUGUUGUUGCUCCGCAUAUCAUGGACUGACCAUUUUUUUAUUUCCUUCGUUUUUUUUCAACCUCCCCUCUCAUCCAUUUGGCAUGACAUCUCCAGCUUUUUAUUUGAUUACUGUGCUGGAAUGUGUAUUAUGUGGACCACGAGAAACUAUGUUAACCAGUUACGUUCUGACGAGCCGGCCUACCUACAUGCUCAGAAACUUAUGGAUGGACUCUUAGUUGAACGGCCAUAAUCCAGGUCUGCGCUCUAGCGGUUGCGGGCCGAAUUAGACGGAAAUAUGCCACAAAUGAAAUUUCGGAACUUAAAGAAUUCAUACUCCAAUCAAGGAUCAAGGCCUGUGACCAACUUUGGGUUGCCGUAAAUGGUAAUGGUUGUCAGUGUAGCGACACGUGACUUGCUGGAGCCCCUCGC